GUACACCCGACACACACACUUGUUGAUCUUUCCGCCAGCGGAGAGGAGAAAACUUGACUGUUCGAAUCGUCUCCUUUCCUUUUUUUUUUUCUCUGCAUGCAUGUCGUAAUACUAGUUCAGUGUAAAUCUUUGGACUUCGAGGUGGAAUAUUCCUAAACUGUUGUGGGAAGUGGUUCAAAUUAUGGAAAGAUCUUCCUUUUGUUUCCAGGAUAACGUGUUCGAAGACGACCAAAUAGUCCCCGACUGUUCACCAACUUUGAGGUAUAAUUCUUGUCCAUCGUCUCAGGGGAACUGGACUACUAGCUGGAAAGAAAAUUCGCACAACCUGGAUAAGCACGAUCGAAAUUAUGACAGGGGUUUUUAUUGCUCACAGCAACCCCGAAGGGCGAGUGCAUCCGUCGUAGAUGAAUUCUUCGAGGACAGUAACAACAUCUUUUCCUCGUUGCCUUCCUUCACGAAGCCGAGCCAGCCUCUAAUGAAUCAUAACACCACUGUCCCAGCGGGGCAGUCUUAUCUCAACCCAUCGUCUUUCAACAUCAACUCUUGCGUGAAAAAGCCUUGCCCGCCAACGAACGUGGUCAACCAGUCUGAAGAGGUGUACGCCAUUGCAUCACCUGCCAUCAUGAAUUUUGUGGAAAUUGGUGAGUCUUCCGACUUGCCAGGACUCUUUGACAGUAUCACUCCGCCUCAUCAUAGUCCGGCUGCUUGCAUCAAGACAGAGAAGAUGCAACCGGACACUUGCUCAUUCCCUCCGGGAUCUCCAGAAUUUGCAUCGCUGCUGGAUGUCAGCAUGCCCGAACAGGUCAUCGUGAAGCGAGAACCCAGUGUAGAUAACAGUGGUAUGCAACAGUAUCCUCUUAUGCCGGUGCCACAAGUGUCCCAGAGUACUUACUUGGGGCACUACGCCAUGUCCAGGCUUAUGAUGCCAUUAACGCCGCCCAGCUCUGAACCCGGGAGUGAUUCUGUGGAUUCAGUGAAUGUAAGAACUACACCACCGCCCCCAUACGUCUCCGCGUCCCAAAAUAAUUUGUUGUCAGCAUUACUGGACAUAAAUGAGGACCAGGAUACAAAGUCUACAACCUACAACAGGAGGAAUAAUCCUGAACUCGAAAGAAGGCGGACACAUCGCUGCAUGUAUCCAGGUUGCGUAAAAAUCUAUACAAAAAGUUCUCAUCUAAAAGCUCAUCAAAGGAUUCAUACUGGUGAGAAACCUUACCACUGCUCAUGGGAUAAGUGCGACUGGCGCUUUGCUCGUUCUGACGAAUUGACCCGCCAUUACCGGAAGCACACAGGUGCCAAACCCUUCAAGUGCAAAGUGUGCGACAGAUCCUUCGCCAGGUCUGAUCACUUGGCCCUGCACAUGAAGAGACAUAUGCCCAAAAUCAAGUGAAGCAACAGUUGUAAGAACUCGUCAGUGAUAUAAAGAACAUAAAAGGAAGUACUGGUGUGUGUGUGUGUGUGCUUUUUUUUUUUUUCAUAUCGUUCGCUAUCAACAACUACUCAACGAUGUCACCAUCUGGCUGUACUGGUGUUAAAGACAGAAUUCCAAGAAUUAGGACUUGGCAACAUGGUGAACUGUCUAAGGUUGUGGUGUGAAGGCAAGCUUCUUUGGUUUGGUUUAAGGUACGACGGGAUUGUAUGAAUGAACGAUGGACAUCAUUCUGUGACCCAUUUUAGCAUCUGCACCAACUGCUAGACUUAACUGAUGAUACGGGACUGCCACUAUUUUUACACUUCCAGAAGAUUUUUAUUCAUUUUAUCCAUUUCGCUCCUUGCAGUUAUUUUUUCACGGACACAGACAAAACAACGGUUAACGAAAUUCCUUUAUUAAAUAGGAUAACAUCUAUUAAAAUUAUAAUACCCAUCAUUAAAUUUAAAUAUGAUUUUUCAGCAGGAUACGUGCAUAAAAAUAUAUAGAUGUUAUCUAAUAAAAAAAUUUCUAUUUAAAAGAAGCACCACUGGCUGUUCAAACUAUAAGACAUUGUCUCCACGGUUAACAAUGAUGAAGGCUUCAGUGGGCUCAUUUGGUAGAUUAAAUGAGGUAGAGGAAGAUUAUUAAAUGAAUGCAUAACCACAAAUAAAUUGAUUUAUUUGUGUAAUAAUGAGGAGUUAAGAUCUACAUGAAUAUCUACUUUAAAUCAAUUCUGAGAUUCAUCCUUAAUAAACAAUAUUAUGUAUCUUGUAUAUGGAAUGACUUGUGACUAACGUGAUGUCUACAUAUAUUUUAAAAGGAUAUUUUUAUCAUUAAAGACUUUUACUCCAAAAUUAUAUGUUAGAAUAUGAAUUUUUUAUGCUGCUUUAAAACAUAUUUUAAUUUUUAAUGGGCUUAUUUACAUUUUUGUAAAGAAUACCAUUUUAUCUGUUAAAAGGAAAAAUGCUAGAAAUUUUUUUAUUUAGUAAUAUAAUUAGAAAUGAUGUAUAAUUUUACCUUAUUUCUAAUAUUUUUCUGCCUCCAUCUGCUGUUCGUUGUUGCUCUGAAGUUGCUUAUUAAAAGAUCUAAUUCAAAGAAAAAUUGUAAAAUUAUUAGAUAAAUAUUAUUAACUUAUAUAAAUUUGUUUAAAGCUUGCAUGUGAAUGGUAUUGUUUUAUAUGGAAAACAGUAUCUAACUAUCAAAGAAUUAUAUUUUAAAGUGGGUGCUAAGUCUGAAUUCCAUCUGAAUAAAAAUAUACUAUUCCUCUACGCCUUCCUUUUGUCGUGUCACUGCUCUUUUCAAUUAAAAUUUUACUGUUUUUGUUCUUCUAAGUGUGAGUACUUGGCAAAAGCCUGGUAUAUUUGAUCUCAAAGAGCGAAAUGAGCAGCGACUGUGUUUCUGAUUUGACAAAAAUGGCACAAAGAAAUUGAAACAAAUAUUUAAUUUAUUUUGAAGCCAAAAAUUCAACCCCUCUUAAAAAUUCAAAACCGCUAUCUUGAUCCAUCCAGGAAAGUGUAGUCUAUUUUUAACUUUUUCAUUUUUUUAUUAUUAUUAUUAUUAUUAUUAUUCGAGAAUUUCUACAAAUGCUAUCCAGCGGUUGUGUUGACCAGAUAAGCAUAUGACUUUCGAGACCUUGCAGAUUAUUAAAUAAGAGAUACUAGUUAAUCUGUAUAUUUUCAGAAUAUUUACUCCGAGUCUUUUUACCUUUGACGAUCGUCGAAAUUAAAUAAAAAUAAGAUCACUUGUAGGGGCAAAAGUUUAUGCUUAGUUAUUUUUAACUUUUAUUUUUAUUUACUCAAACGAAUUUCAAUUCAUAAACUGUACAAUUAUUAAAAAAAAAAAAAAAUUAGAAAAUUUUAUAUAUUUCAAUAUUUUAUAAAUGACCUAAAAUAUAUUUAAUUAAACACAAUGUAGACAAAGCCAUUGGAAUCGCUAUUAUAUGCGAACAACAGUUUCGACAAGAAGUCAGACCCGGACGUUGGGAAAAUGUAGAUAUUAAUUUUCAUUUCUGCAUAGUAUGCUGAAAUAUAUUGAUAAAAGAUAUUUUGUAUUUUACCAGAGAAUGUAUUUCAGCUUUCAAAACACUAGAUUAAAAAAAGUGUGGUGGAAGAAUUUUUAUUCUGCCCAUUUUAGUCACUUGAUUUCUGACUUGGUUGUAUUGGUUCUGUAUCUCUCUAAAAAUUCGAUUGAGAAUGCAUGCUUUUAGAACAACAUUUUAACAUCAUUCAUAAGCAGUUUAAUGUUAAGUUGUAAUAAUUUUGCUAUAAAGAA